UGGCCGGCGUCAUGAGGAGAUGAUUUAGGCAAAAACAACAACAAUUUUGACAAAAAAUGACUGAGGGGAUUAUUUUAAGAGUGUGACGAUAUGCGAGGUCAUCAAAGUACAUUUAAAUGUAUUCUCUGGACGGAUUCAUGCAGUGGAAGUAAUUCUUUGGUGUGUUACAUUUAAAGAGCUCAGUUGAUCUGGCGCAGCUGUGUGCACUAACAUCCCACGCAAAGUGGCGCGCCAGACAGCGCAGCCGCAGCAGAACUGGCGCAGACAGACGCAGCAGCAGCAGCAGCAGCAGCCAUGGCAGACGAAAAACCCAAGGAGGGAGUCAAGACGGAGAACAAUGAGCACAUCAACCUGAAGGUGGCAGGGCAGGAUGGCUCAGUGGUGCAGUUCAAGAUCAAAAGGCACACUCCUCUCAGCAAACUGAUGAAAGCUUAUUGUGAACGGCAGGGGCUGUCUAUGAGGCAAAUACGAUUUCGAUUUGACGGUCAGCCCAUCAAUGAAUCAGACACACCCUCGCAGCUAGAAAUGGAGGAUGAAGAUACGAUUGACGUGUUCCAACAGCAAACCGGAGGCUCUUCUCUUUAAAGACUGUUUCCUAUGAACAUCCCUACCUCCCCUUUUCAUCCCUGAACAUCUUUGUUAUGCCCAGUCUUCAAAUGCUCAUGACCAGUGUUGAUACCAUCCAGUGGAAUACUUUUACAAAAUGCUCCAAGGCAGCAGCACACUUGAUGUAGAUAGAUUUAAUCACACUGUCAUUCGUAUAUUAACAUGUCUGAACUGCGCAGUGUAGACAACUUGUAAGCUGCAGUGAGUCUAAUGUGCUUAAGAAAUUAAAAGCUUGCCAUCAAAUUAUUUUUCUUUUGGAGGCUUUAAAGAAAACUCCAUGGUCCUUUUUUUUUUUUGUUUUUAUACUUAUGUCAUUGAGGUUUUGAUUCAGAUGGAAUUUUGUUAUUGUUGUCAACUAAGCCUGCAUUUUAAAUUCACAUCUGUUGUUAUGAAAAUGUGUUAUUGGAAUAAAUUGAGUCUUUUUUAA